UUGUAUUUACGACAAAAAAAGUUUGGGAAUUUGAAAUAUAAACGGUUUAUUUAAAUCAAUUUAUUAAUAAUUGUGUAAUGGUUAUUUAAGAAAUUAAAAAAAUUUAAAGAAAAGACAAAACACCUUGUUCAGUUGUUCGAAAACACGGAUUUUUUAACCUCUGGGGGUAGUUUCAAAAUAGCUUUACUAUUGAAUUUUUUCGCCCUUGCUGCACGCAAUACGGUCGCCGAUCAUUAUUCAAAAUUAUUUCAGUGUAGUGUUAAGUGUAAGAUCCCGGCUGGGGAUAACUCUAACAAUGAUAGAUUUGUUUAUGCCGUUUCGCUCUAUUUUCAAACUUAAUAACGUGAGCACCGACAACAAUGUCUUCCGAAUGCAUUAUAUGUUGACAGUCACUAUUCUGUUGGUGUUUACUCUGCUCGUCAGCACGAAGCAGUUUUUCGGAGAGCCCAUGCACUGUGUAAGCGAAAGCGACAAGGAUCAUGAUAAAGAAGCCAUGAACAGUUACUGCUGGAUAUAUGGAACUUAUACAUUGAAGAGUAGACUCGUUGGCAAGAUAGGCAAGGACAUGGCAUAUGUAGGUGUUGGCCCAGACAAAUCCCUAGACGCUGAACAAAUAAAGCACACUUACUACCAGUGGGUGUGUUUUGUGUUCUUGGCACAGGCUGCCAUGUUCUACACACCGCACUACCUCUGGAAGAUUUGGGAAGGUGGACGACUGAAGGCAUUAGCAUCUGAAUUAGCUAAUCCAUUGAUAUCUAAAGACUGGUCGGAUGGCAAGCGCUCCGAGCUGGUCACCUAUCUCACCUAUACCAAUCUCUACACUCACAACAUGUAUGCUUUGCGGUAUGCUUUCUGCGAGCUUCUCAACCUAGUUAAUGUGGUGGGCCAAAUAUUUUUACUAGAUCAGUUUCUGGGUGGAGCUUUUCGUGACUACGGAGCGGCUGUCACAGCAUUUACACAUGUUCCAAAAGUGCCAAAGGACUUUCUGGACUUUGACGCAGUCAACCCGAUGGACAAAUACUUCCCCAAGCUCACUAAAUGCUGGUUCAGGAGCUAUGGGCCUUCUGGAACUCUGCAACUCAAAGAUAGACUUUGCAUUCUGCCCCUGAACAUUGUUAAUGAAAAGAUUUUUGUAUUCCUCUGGUUUUGGCUUGUAUUCCUUGCAUUUUUAUCAACUUUGGCCGUUUUGUACCGUAUUCUGAUUAUAUCCAUGCCACCCCUGCGUACCCUAAUGAUUAUGGGCCAACUUAGAUUUGUUAAGAGGAGAAUUAUAUCGAAAAUAGUUUAUCGCAUCAGCUUCGGUGAUUGGUUCAUACUUCAUUUGCUGGGCAAGAAUAUGAAUCCGCUUCUUUAUAAAGAAUUGAUUAUUGAAGUCUCUAAAGAAUUAGAAAAGAGACCUAAUAAUAUGAUAUAACUUUGCUUUCUAUGUAAAAAAAAAUUAUAAAAAUUCAAAAGUAAAAUAUUUUUGAAAUAUAA